AUGUCUCAACGUCCUAGAGGUCAGAGGCGGACUGUCGAGAUCCCUCUACCCCGACAUCUCUAUCCGGACCUGCAUUUGAGUUUGGAGGAGGCCGAAGACGCUUUCAAGAACUGCAGCGACAUCUGGUGGCUGCAUCCGUCCGAGUUUGACGAGAUGAGGAGGCUGCUGAACGAGUGCAAGCUUCUGAUUGAGUCUAAGCGAGUGGGCAAGCUGCUACCCGUGCCACAGACCGAGGAGGAAGCCGAGCGCCUCAAAACCCAGCGGGAGACCAUGGUGUACGACAGGAUCGCGCUGGUUUGGCAACUGCUGGAAUUCUUGCCUGCCGCUGCUCAAAUGCGUCAGCAAUGCCGCAGCGUAUAA